CCAGCUCGCGGCUUGAAGCUGCCCCAGACAGAAGCUGGUUCAGAAGCUGCCCCAAACACGCCCAAAAUCGAUGGGCAAAAGCGGGAAGAAGCCGAGGGAGUCGCACCGGCAGGGCCGCGGCCGCCGCACGUCGCACUUCGGCGACGAGGGCGGCGACGACUUGCCUUCAUCAGCCUACGACGCGCCACCACCCCACCAUGAGGACUCCUCUGACGACUACGACGACGGCACCAACGAUGCAACAGCGGGAUACGAACGAGAGGAAGAUGCGGAUGCUGGCGAGCAGGACCAGUGGGGAGCGGGGUCCAUGCCUUCCAAGUUUCACCUAUACCAGCUCUCCGUGCAGUCUCCAAAGGGGGACAUCAGCUACCUGCAAAAGUUCUUCCUGAUGUACGUUGGCGGGCGCGUCCCUAUUCACCUGCAGGAGGAUUUCUGUGGCACGGCCCUCCUAAGUACCGAGUGGAUCCGUACUGAUGCAAGAAGGACAGCAAUCGGCUUAGAUUUGGACCUUGAGUCAAUUGAGUGGUGCCUUGAAAACAACCUAAGUAAGAUUGGAGCUGAUGGGUAUUCAAGGAUGUUGCUUUUCCAUGGAAAUGUUCUACAACCUAAGGAAGCACGUCUUGUCAAGCAAAGGUUCAAUGAUCUUCUGCAAGGCCUUCAUGUAAACAGCGGCAAUGGCUCUUCAGGAAGUAACAGUUGCGAGCAGUCAGGUCUUGCCAAUUUGAAGUGCAUAGCCAAUUCGACCAUGUCAGAGGCAGCUUUGCCUGGAAGGGAUAUUAUCUGUGCAUUCAACUACAGCUGCUGUUGCUUGCAUAGUCGAAAGGACUUGGUUUUGUAUUUCAGGCAUGCAUUUAGCGCUCUCUCGAAAAGAGGUGGUAUAUUUGUAAUGGAUGUAUAUGGUGGCACAUCAUCUGAACGCAAGCUACGCCUCCAACGGAAAUUCCCCAGCUUCACGUAUUUCUGGGAGCAAGAAGAGUUUGAUAUCAUAAGUCGCCAAACAAGGAUCAGUCUCCACUUUCAAGCUGGGAAGAAGCAAAUGCUGCGGCAUGCUUUCACAUACCAUUGGCGCCUUUGGUCGAUACCAGAGAUCAAAGACUGCUUGGAGGAAGCUGGAUUCGAGUCCAUCCACGUUUGGAUCAGGGAGAUGCCAAACACCCAGUCAAGUGGAAACGCCAAGGAAUACAAUGCCAACCGAGAUGUGAAGUAUGAAGAAUCGCAGCGUUUCAAUCAAGGAGAUGCUUGGAACGCCUACGUCGUUGGAGUUGCAAACAUCUAGCUGGCUCACCUUGCCUUCUGCUACGCAAAUGUGAUGGAACCUGGUCGCUCCAGUUUUCCCUGACAAUUAAUGAUGUCUGAACGCUCACGCUUUUAUCAUGACUUUUGCAUCGCCAUUGCUGCGGAAGUAUGCAGGGUGUACUACUAUCCCAUAGAAUUUGUACUCGAUCUAGAACAUUGCUUCGAUUGCGUUUUUUUUUUCAUUUCAGAAUGAACUAUUACCACUUAA